AUGAAGAAGACGCAGCUGAGCCUCGUGCAGAAGGCCAACGAGGAGGGUGAUGGUGUUGGUGAUGGUGAUGCUGCCUGGAGCUCAGAUACCUCCAGGUGGUCCACUCCCUCCUGGCUGGACUGUGACUCUGAUGCUCCUCAAUCUGGACGCAAGGACAAUCUCCUUAUAAACACUCUAGAUAACCAUCUAUCGCCGAAGUGGAAACAAUCAAAGAAAUCUGGAUUUAAAAAAGGUAAGAAUGUCCAAGAGACGUCCAAACCCUCCGUACAAGACAAUUCUGUUGAGAAAAACACUGCAAGAUCUCAGGGACACACCCUCCAAACAACCGGUCAAUCCACGAAGCUGCCUCCAAUCAAGCCCCAGCAGGUGUCGACAUCAAAUGUCCAUUCUGCCAGCACAAUCUGCGUCAAGGAGUUGAAAAGUCAGGUGUGGGCUCUGCAGCAGGAGCUGAGUGAGGUCAGGACCGAGAACAAGUUGUUGAAGAAGAUCCAGCAUCGCUAUACGGUGGCACUGCAGCGCCAUCAAGACUCAGAGAGUAGCAUUCCUCAGAUUUUAGAGAAGCACAACAAGGAAACCAGAGCCCUUAAGGGGCUGCUCCGUGAAACUCGCAUCUCCAGGGACAAUGCAACAAGACAGCUACAGGCCACAGAGAGCAAGCUUCACGAGACAAAGGUCGAUCUCCAGCAUCUGAAGCUGCUAAGCCAGGACCAGCAUCUGCUUGAGAGGGAGGAGCUCUCUCUGAGCCUGGCCAAGGCCUAUGCCAAGUUGGAGGACAAGGAAAGCAGGAUACAGGAGAUGGAGAAGAAUCUUGCCCUGUGCCAAGCUUCAUUCAAACGCCAAAUAGUAACCGAGCAAAGGAAGAUCAAAGAAGCGACAAUGUUAUCCUCUUACCAGCAAUGGCAAAUUUCUCAGCUAAGCGAAGAAAUCCAGGACAAAGAAAAGGAACUGAAACAACAUUACAUUUAUUCGCACAGAUACAUUAAAGGAUCAAAUAAAAAAGUUCAGAAGGAUGGAUUACCGUGCACCCAAAUCACAGCAUCUGGAUCAGAUCUUUUGGAGACACAACAUUCUAUAACUGAACAGCAGGAGACAUCUGGGAGUUGUCAGGGGGAUUUGGAUGUAGAAGCUCUAGAGGAAAAAGCUCCAUCAAAUGCUGCAUUAGGGAACCACAAAAAGGACACUCGGAUGUUGGCAGAUUGGUCAGGCCCAGAAGACCCCCUGAAACAGCUAACUGCCAAAGGAAAGGAGGCUUCAGAAAAAUCCUCAGGUCUCUGAUGAAAAGCAGGAUGCAGAG